AGGCAAGUUUGGAUAGAUGGAACUUGGUAGUACGUACUCUCCUUGUACGACCACAGGACGAAAAGUAAUUCGUCUUUCGUAGUCCCGUGCUUAUGUCACCGUGCAUCGUCAUGACCGUCAUGUGAUCGUUGUCCUCCGCGGAUAUGGACGGGUCACGUGCCUGUGCAGUUUCCCGCCCUCGAGGCACGACGAUGUAUCCAAUUCCAGACCUCAUCACUUGCCAUUAUUGCCCGUCCCAGCAAACCCUCUAGAGUUUGGCUGGCGCUGAACCCCCCUGGGCUUUCAUCCAUGCGGGGGCGACCAUUUGACAUGGCUCACGAAAUUCACUCCAGCACUUCAAUCGAAUAGAGUCGUCGCCGGGCAUGCUCACGCCCAUCCGGGUCCGCGGCCGUAGGACACAGCAUCCCAAUGAUGGAGCGAUAAAACCCAGGCCCAGCGGGCCCAGGGGUGGACGACCCUUCUUGUCCCAUCAGACGAAGCUCGAUUCAUCCCAGGCCAGAAGCCACAAGAGAGCCCGUCUGCUCGUCGCCACACCCAUCAAGCCGCGGAAAUCGAUCCUGGAAUCUCUUCCCGUCGAACUGAUUGAAAAGAUCUUCCUGUAUUCACUGAACGUGAACUUUGCUCGCUGCUCCUCGACGCUGACGGCAGCAAUCUCAAGUGAGCGGAUCUACCGGGCUCUAAUCCUGCUCGCGUUUUGGGCCGACUCCCCCACCCCAGCAGUCACGGCCCGUGCCUCGGAGGCCGCGAUAUCCAGGAUUCUCCGACCAGUAGACUACGUUCCUAUCAGCCAUGCAGAGCGGCGGAAUCUCCAGGACAGUAUCCUCCGCUGCAAAUGGUGCACCAUACCACGACUCCUGGCGCAGCUCCCUGAUCUGAUGAACCUCACGAUCCAACGCCACUGGUUCGGCGCGGGAAUGACCAUGUCCGCGGACAAAGAAGGAUCCCUGACCCGAUUCCUGGCCCAGAAGCAAGACAUUCGCAUCUUUGAAGGCACCGAUCCCAAUGCCAAUUACUACACCCUUUCCAUCAAGCCGCUGGUCUCCAUCACCGUCACCCACCACGAAACAGACCAAUCCACCACCCACCCUAUCCUCGGCGUCCUCCUCAUCCCGGACAAACUAUUUCACGGCCUUUACAGCCCCGAUAAGAUCCGCUACUUGGAAACCCUCCGCAUAGCAAGCGGCUUUAACCAGCCGGACCUCAUCAAACCCACCGUCUCUGUCUCCCGCGAGUCCCUCCAGGGCGGCAUCCACGCCGCCCUCGUGCAAAACAAUGCCGAAGCCCUAGCCACCCUCCUCAAGAUCGACGAAUACUAUUUCCGCAGCGAGAUUCAAACUCUCCAGCCAACCGCCGUGCCGUACACUGUGCCCGCGGAACAUUUCCGCACCGCUGUCCGAGUGGCCCGACACGAUACGAGCUUGUUCCAGCUGCUCAUACGCGCCAGUGCUGAGUCGGUACCGGCGGAUGAUCCGGAGAUCACGGGGUGGGCUGUGGAGUUGGACGAUGCGUUUGGGGCAUGGGUGUUAGAGCUUAUGUUACAAUUGCCACAGCAGAUUGAGGCGGCACAUGCCAAUCCAGCCGAGGAUGCGUUGUUUUACUUGGGGCGCGCGAAUGGGCAGAGAGAGCUGGGGCGACGGUAUUUGAGGGAGGUGUUGGGGUCGGGGAGUUGGGAUGUUGGAUGGCAGAGACGGUGUUUAAUGUGUCGGAGUUGUGGAGGGUAGUGGAGACGGACAGCUCUGUGGAGGAUAUGUAGUAUCUUUGAGGGGAAAAACAAGGGGAAUGAAAGACGAACAUGCGGAGUAACCAUCAAGGACUCCGUACUCCGACUAGUAGAGACUAGUACCAUCCAGUUCGUGACACCGCCCGGGUUACCCGUCCAAC